AGCGGAAGGCAGGGUCCCCAGCAGAAGGCCUGGUCAGUGACCUAGGGACGCGCCGACUCAGGGCAAGGACCCUGGGGAGGGCCUGGCCCAGUGGCUGGGUAUGCAAUGCAGGGUAGGGUCCCCUGAGGAAGGUCUGGCCCGAGACUUGAGGAUACCGCAGAAGGCAGGAUCCCCUGGGGAAAUUCUGGCAUUUUGAGCUGGGGACCCAGCACGGGAGGGUCCCCUGGAGAAGGUCUGGCCCAAGACCUGGGAACACUGCAGAAGGCAGGGUCCCUUGGGGAAGGUCUGGCAUCUUGAUCCCCAGUUCUCAGCGCAAGGGAGGGUCACCAGGAGGAAGGCCUGGGUCUGAGAGAGACACUGGUGCUCAUCUUGGGAGGCGUCAGUGUGGAGUGAGUUGCCAUGGGAGGCACUAUCCCUAGGCUGAGGGUGGCCCCUGUCCAUGACUGGUGCACAUUAGCCCAGCACAAACGGGGAACCCGAAUUAAGAGCUAGCUUCUGUGAGGAGUAGCUUCCUUGAAGGACCAGGCUGGAGAACUCAGAGCUAGCUACAUGAACAUCAAACAGAAUCUGCAUCCUGUUGUUCCCUGCCUAGGACUUGGGGUCACUAUUGGCUCAGCUUUCACUCAGACCUUGUCACUGCUUCAAGCUUCAAACACCACUCACCUCCUCUACAGCUGGGGGCUGUGUGGGCAGUGCCUUUAGUGGGAAGAAGGGUGAGACUGGCUCUUCAAACAGUGACAGGGGUUCUGUGCUCUCUGUGUGGAACCCCAGGUGACAUCCAAGAUCUGGGGGAAGGCAACUGGCAGAAAGCUGUUUGGAAAGAAGAAAGAUGGAAAGUGGCACAGUUCUGCUGGAAUCCAAAUCCUCCCCACUUCACUUGCUGCGGGAAAUGCAUAAGCUCCGCUUGCUUGGCCACCUGUGUGACGUCACCAUCAGCGUGGAGUACCAAGGUGUCCGAGAAGACUUCAUGGCCCACAGAGCAGUGUUGGCGGCCACCAGCAAGUUCUUUAAGGAUGUGUUUCUUAAUGAGAAAAGCGUGGAUGAGACCAGGACCAAUGUGUACCUACACGAGGUGCAGGCAGCCGACUUUGCCUCAUUCCUUGAGUUUGUCUACACUACUAAGGUGCGGGUGAAGGAAGACCGGGUGGAGAGGAUGCUGGAGAUGGCUGAAAAGCUCAAAUGUUUGGACCUGUCAGAAACUUGCUUCCAGUUAAAGAAGCAGAUGUUAGAGUCUGUCCUUUUGGAACUACAGAAUUUCUCGGAGUCCCAGAAGGCUGAGGCCAGCAGUGGCCCCUUGGCCAGUCCUGCUGCAGACUCCAGGGCAAGUGUGGCAAGGGAUGGUGCCCACUGCAAUGGUCUGGCAGGCGCCUCAGAUCACUCAGGGGACAAGAUCAACAACAGUUUAUUGUCAGAUAUGCCACCUAGGAAACCCAAGGAGAAACUGGACAAGAAAAGAGAUGUGGCCAAACCUCCCUACCCUAAAAUCAGAAGAGCAAGUGGAAGGCUGGCGGGGAGAAAGGUAUUUGUGGAAAUCCCUAAAAAGAAGUACACAAGACGACUCCGAGAGCAGCAGAAGAGUACAGAGGAAGUGGUGGGAGAGGACUGCGAGUGUCCCCAGGAGCAGCCUGCCAGCAGUGUGGCCACAGAGACUGAGGCAGCUGGAGAGACAAAGCUGGAUGCUGGGACGACGCCCGCAGAGAUGGCACCAGCUGUGGCCGGAAGCCAGGACUAUGCCGAGGAGCCAGAGGCAAAAGGAGUGCUGCAGAGGGCGAGGGCAGCAGGGCCCGGGAUGGAGGCUGAGGGUGACGGUGCAGGUGAUGGCGAUGAGGGCAAGAAGAAGAGCAAUCUGAAGUGCACACUAUGUGACAAAGCCUUUCUGUACGAGAAGAGCUUCCUGAAGCAUGUCCAGCAGCACCAUGGUGUGGCCACCCAGGUGGUAUACCGCUGUGACACAUGUGGACAGACCUUUGCCAACCGCUGCAACCUGCGGAGUCACCAGCUCCUGGUACACAGCAGCGAGCGCCACUUCCCCUGUGAGCUCUGCGGGAAGAAGUUCAAGCGCCAGAAGGAUGUGCGGCGGCAUGUGCUGCAUGUGCACGAGGGCGGCGGGGCGCGUCACCGCUGUGCUGAGUGUGGCAAGGGCCUGAGCUCCAAGACAGCGCUGCGCCUGCACGAGCGCACACACACGGGUGACCGGCCACAUGGCUGCCCUGACUGCGGCGCACGCUUCUCGCAGCCCUCAGCACUCAAGACCCACAUGAGAAUUCAUACAGGGGAAAAGCCUUUUGUCUGUGAUGAGUGUGGGGCGAGAUUCACUCAGAACCACAUGCUGAUUUACCACAAAAGGGUCCACACAGGUGAAAAGCCUUUUAUGUGUGAAACAUGUGGCAAGAGUUUUGCUUCUAAGGAGUACUUAAAGCACCACAAUAGAAUCCAUACUGGCUCCAAGCCCUAUAAGUGUGAGAUGUGUUUCAGGACUUUUGCACAGAGGAACUCACUCUACCAGCACGUGAAAGUUCACACAGGGGAGCGGCCCUACUGCUGCGAUCAGUGCGGGAAGCAGUUCACCCAGCUGAACGCCCUCCAGCGCCACCGGCGCAUCCACACGGGAGAGAAGCCGUUCAUGUGUAAUGCGUGUGGACGGACAUUCACCGACAAAUCCACCCUGCGGCGGCAUACCUCAAUCCACGAUAAGAAUACUCCAUGGAAGUCUUUCCUUGUUAUUGUAGAUGGGUCACCCAAGAAUGAUGAAGAGCACAAGACGGAGCAGCCUGAUGAGGAGUAUGCACCCCCCAGACUUCCUGAGAAGCUGCUGUCCUUUGCUGAAAAUGGCCACUUUGAUAGCCUGGCCACUGUGCCGGGAGCCACCCCUGGCGGGCCGGAGAACAGUGCCGCACACACAGCCUGCAAGGCAGAUGCCUCCGUGGUGUCCCAGGACACCCUGCUGGCCACUGCCAUGGGGGAGCUUGGUGAGCUGAGCCCACAGACAGAUGCAGUGCCCACGCAGCUUCACUCUUUGAGCAGUAUCGAAUGAGUGUCUGCCCAACCAGCCCUGCUUCACACUGCACCAGUAGCUGAGAAGAGUCGUAUGCCAUCGUGUGGGCCCGGGUGGCUUUCAGAUGCUCCCGAGGAGCACAUUUUCAUCAUACCACUUGCAGACCUUUUCCUCUGGCGUCCUGACCUGCAUGACCUCCAUGCCCUGAGCCCUGGUGCAGGCUGUGCACUGCCUGUCCACUGCCUUAUUGACACCUGGGCCGUUCUUGCCCAUUGCACAGAACUGGGCACUGCCCGGCUCUCGAGUGUUCUUUCCAGUCUUCUUGGUCCUGCCCUGCCUUACACUCCACAUGCUUUGAAGCAUUUUCUGCCAAGCUGGAGCUGUCUGAUUUCAGCUGCAUCUUCCCAGUAGACCUGAAGCGAUUGGAUCUUCUGUGGGAACCCUCUCUCAGGCCUGACCCAAGGGAUCACUGCAUUUACUCCUUGCCUCCUGCCUGCAGGCCCUAAACAGGAAUGACAAACCAAACUCUGUCACAGGCUAGUGUGUUUCACAGUGUAUGUGCACCAAGGAGUUCGUCAAGAAACCUAUUGGGGAAAUGACAUGUGGCUGUUUAACUUUCAUUUCUAAAGGCAGACGGGUGAAAGCUGACCUGCCAAAGAGUCUAGUGAGACAGUGUAGUACUUCAGAGAGGCAUGAAGAAUGCAGGAAGGGGCUUUAGGGCAUUUGAAUGUUGUUUUGACACAUAGUCAAAUGAGGGGUGACAAGGGCACAUCUCACAAUGUGGAGAAUUCAUUUUUGCUGUUUUUCCCUCUUGGUCAUCGUUCCAGAAACCCCCACCUUCUCUCUACGGCAGUAGCCAUAGACCCACUCCCUUGGGAGCAGCAAGAGCCUGAAAGGGACCAAAGCCUGGGCUUGCACGUCCAGACUGUGCCUUACUGGGCAGCUGGAUGGGGCCGGUGACACUGACUCCAGUGCUCCUCUGGCUGUCUCAUGCUGGAUUCAGAAACACAAUGGAUGAGAUCGUGCUAUCACUGCUGCUGCAGGGCCUGGUGCCUGGCUGUGUUCAUGGAAGGCUUUGUUUCAAACGUAACCCCAUUCAUUUCAGAGGAGUGACUGUAAGAGAGUUCUGUUCCCCUGGUCGAUUUUCUCCCUGCAUCUUUAAUUUAUUAACUUGUGUGCACACUGGUCCUCCUGGAGGAGGGUGCCAGGCUACAGGGGUUUCUCUGCAGGGCACAACAUGUGGCUCCCAUGUGUGAGUGACUGGGGAGCCACAGAGCUCAGCGCUGGUGACAUCUCACACCGCACAUGAAGGUCAGCCUCAGUCACUUCAGAUUCAGUCAGGAGGCAUCAUUGUGUCCGUUGUUUACAGAACAAAACCUUGAUGCCUCACAGCCGUCUCAGUCUGCAGAGGGACUGCCCAGCUGAUGGGUUAUUCUAUGGGAUAAAGACAUCUUGAGGGAAAGGAAUCUAAACAAGAGUAUUUUGUUACCUGCUGGAAGAAUUUUUGUCUUGAAUUUGUUUCUUUAGAAGUUCUGCACAAAAUGGGUUAAUGUGUUAAUAAAUGUUGCUUUUUGAAGUA